AUGACUGAUCUGGAGAAUUCUUAUACUCAUCAUGAGAAGAAAUCUCCAUCUACAUUGAAGGACGUGUUCAAAUUCCAAAUCAACUUGCCCAACAAAGGGUCAGUGGCCAGAGAUCAUAGUUCCCAGCUAGCCAAUGAACGAACGUUUCUUUCCUGGACUCGAACAUCGCUCGCAUUUGUCACAUUUGGUAUCGGAUUCAUGCAGUUUUAUCGACUCGAAGAGAAAUCUCAAUGUCCUGAAAUCUCACAACCAUUGCCUCAUCCUUCAUCAGCUGCAUCCUCUGCAUCAACGUCUUUAUUCAAUCACAAUAUUUCCGAUACUGUAAUUGCACUAUGUCGACCCAUUGGUGGAAUGUGUAUAAUAUUGGGCAUAUUGACGAUAUUGUUUGGCAUGUAUCGGUUUUUCACCGUUCAGCGAGCAUUAAUGAAACAAGAGUUCCCCGUGACUAGAUUGACUGUUGUGGUGCUACUUUUGGUUAAUUUGAGUAUAUUGCUUUUACUUUUGGUGUUGAAUUUCAAGGUUAGUUUAUAA